UUUAUGUUCGUAAGGUUACAGUCGAAAGAACAGCAGAACAAAGGGGAAAAAGGUUUCGGAGAAGAAAGUGUGGAAAUGUUGGUGGACCCGGGAAUGGUGGGUGGGCUAGUCUCUCUAUGUGGGUGACUGUAUUAUGAAGCUAUUUUAAAGUCUUAUGGUGGUUGGUUGUUCUCAGUAAAUCCAAAUCCAAAGCCAAUAUCAAGAAAGAGAAGGCUUGUACGAUCAGAGAAGCAAAGAAGAAGAAAGUAUUUGAGAGAGAGAGAGAAAGGGAGAGUAUAUUUGUGUGUCUGAGUUGAUUCCAAGACUCAAGGUGGGAGACAUGUCCAGGUUCAUCCCAACAGUACGAUUCUUUGCUUCUUCAUGUCUUCGUGGAUCCCAAAGGGGCUCAUUUAUUGGCCUGGAAUCGUAGUUGAUUUCUUGUUUUUGCUGUUUAUUGGAUGCAUGUGGAGUUUGAAAUCAUAGCGAUGAUGAUGAUGGGAAAGUAGUUCUAGUCUUUGCUAAUCCCAAAGAGGGUGGAAAGGAACCUACUUGUUGAAGGUCUCGUGGCUUUUGCAUAAAACUCCAAAGUAUUGACAAUUUUGAGGCCAUACGAAUUCUGGACUUGCCAAGAAACAAUCAAAAUUCCUGUUCAUUCAAUGCCCAGUUUUACUGCUAAUUGCCCCUUGUGGUGGAAUUCCGAUGUACAUCGAAUUCCACCAGCUUUAUCUGAAAAUGCAUGCUUAAAAGCGGGAUCUCCUCCACAACUUUGUCAUGAUGCAAAGCAUUUAGGUCUUCAACUACCGAUCCAGGAAUCAGCCACAAUUCAGUUGACUGGUCAAUCUAACCCGAAAGCAGACAGAGAUGAAGGCUGUGUCAGGGAUGUGGAAGGUCAAAAGAAGCCUUUCAUGUUGAAUAAUCCAGAUAUUAUCAGCAAUCCUUCACAAGUUGCUCACAACUAUUUAAUGUCUCGAGUGUCACAUGCCUAUGCCGAGCCAUGCUUGUUGACUACUUACGGACCACCAGCUAUUAUUCAGCCCCAGAUGGUGGGGAGAGCGCCUGCACGAGUCCCACUGCCACUUGAUUUUUCAGAUGAUGGACCCAUUUAUGUCAAUCCGAAACAGUACCAUGGAAUUCUUAGAAGGAGGCAGUCACGGGCAAAGCUUGAGGCUAAAAAAAAAGUUGUCAAAACUCGAAAGCCAUAUCUUCACGAGUCUCGGCAUCGUCAUGCGUUAAAUAGGGUUAGGGGAUCCGGUGGACGCUUUGUCAGCACAAGAAAGCUUCAUAAUCCUGAUCCAGCCACUACUAGCAACAGCCAUUGCGUCUCAGGCUCCAUUGACUUGCUUUCAAGUAAAACUAUGUCUGAGUUUGACAGUCAUCGAUUUGUGGCCAGUCAAGAUGUUUCUUCCCUUACCACCUGCUCCAACAUCAAUAGCAAGGAUAACAAUAAGUUUCAGCUGCGGGAUCCCAGAUUCUCAGGCACCUUUCCCCCCACGGGUGGCCGUGGAUCCAUGCAAUGCAAUGGAGGCCUUGUGUCUGGAGGCACCCAGCACUGUGCUUCAGUGGUCCGGUAAGAUGAAUAUAAACGAAGACCAUGUUACUGGUCAGGCAACUCAUCCUUGGCUUUGUUACUUUACUUUCUAUAUGUUUCCUACAUGUCUUGCAAAAAGCGUUUGGCAUGCCACAAUGUAAUCUCUACCUAACUGUUUCAUUUGCAUGUGUUAAUAAGAGAACAUUGAUACGGUUGUGUGA